AUGGACCAAGGAGAAUAUAUUUAUCAAUAUUUGAAAAACCACCCUGACGCCUCCUAUGAUGAAAUUAAAAAGAAAUACAAUGAGUAUCUAGAAUCCCAAGAAGAUUCUAAGGCCCAUAAUAUUACAUCAAAAUCCCCCAUGGAUUCAUCGAAGGCGUCCGUGGAUGCAGCGUUCUUUGGUGCUUACUAUGAUCCACACGACUUCAUUAAAAGCAUCCUCGAGGAUUUGGACUCGCACGUCGAAAAUUGGAUUAAAGAAACUAUGUAUGCAAACUACACCUCGGUCACACAAGCAAGCGGCAUGGGAAAGUCACGGAUGGUCAAACAACUAGCAGAAGAGGGGGUUUAUGUUAUCUAUUGUUGUCUUCGGCUUUCUGGUUCUGGUUACCCACCACAAUCACACAUAGCAAAAUAUCUACUUGACUCUUACGAUAAACUACAUUUCGUCGCCUAUUUCAUCUCUUGUCUGAACAAAUUAGCGGAUACCCCUGGUACAAGUUCGACUGAUUGGUAUAAUCAGCAAAUUGCUCGAGAGAACGACGGCGCAAGUCAAGAAAACGCGCGGGAAUUUUGGGAUGACAUCAGAUUACGCAUGGAGAAUUUAAAGAGAGGUCUUGCCGACGGUGAUGCGUCAGCACGUUUGCGACAGAGCUAUGAACGUGCCUUGAGAGCAUAUCCCAACAUUCGCAAUAUCCCUCUCCCCAAGAAUAUAUUGCGUAUUUGUUUUGUGUUUGAGGAAGCACGGUGUCUUCUUGAAGUAGGACCUAUCACUGAAAAAAGUGGAAGUAAGACGGCUGACAAGAACCUAGCAUUUUAUAACAUGCGUCGCGCUUUGGUGCACUUUGAUGAUAAGGUUAACGUGUUUACAUUGGUGAUGGAUACUGUAUCUCGGCUGUCCAAUUUUCAACCAAUACGAACUGCAGAUCCAUCAGCUCGUGUCGCGACUGGAGGAAAACGUUUGUUUGAACCGCUCUAUCUAUGUGUUACAACGGAUGUCAUGGCUAAAAGAAUCGAUAUGAAGAGAAAGCUGGAAGAUGCCGUUCGUCCCUCCAUUCUUUAUCGAUAUGGUCGGCCAAUGUGGGGUGCUCAUAUUGACAAUCGAGGACGAGAAGACAUGGAGACAUACCUUCGAAAACUUGUGUUACUUGCUUUCGAAAAAAUUAUUGGAGGGAAAAGUCCUUCAACUGAAGUAAUUGACCAUACAUCGGCAUUAGCAAUUCUUGCUAUCCGCUUAUGUUUGCAUGUAUCACCACUUGCUCAACUGUCAGCCGAAUUG